CCUCCGCUGCCGUCUUGGGUCGAGGGGGGCAAACAUGGAGGCGGUGAUCGAGAAGGAAUGCAGCGCGCUCGGAGGGCUCUUCCAGACCACCAUCGGGGACAUGAAGGGAAGUUAUCCGAUUUGGGAGGACUUCAUCAACAAAGCAGGAAAGCUGCAGUCUCAGCUUAGGACAACUGUAGUAGCAGCAGCUGCCUUCUUGGAUGCGUUUCAGAAAGUGGCCGACAUGGCGACCAACACCCGUGGUGCUACCCGAGAAAUCGGCUCUGCUCUGACCAGAAUGUGCAUGCGGCACAGGAGCAUAGAGUCCAAACUCCGGCAGUUUUCAAGUGCUUUAAUUGACUGUCUGAUAAACCCACUUCAAGAGCAGAUGGAAGAAUGGAAGAAAGCUGUCAAUCAACUGGAUAAAGACCAUGCAAAAGAGUACAAAAAAGCUCGCCAGGAGAUAAAAAAGAAGUCCUCAGACACCCUCAAGCUACAGAAGAAAGCAAAGAAAGGAAGAGGAGACAUCCAGCCUCAGCUGGACAGUGCAUUACAAGAUGUGAACGACAAGUACCUACUUCUGGAAGAAACGGAGAAACAGGCCGUUAGGAAAGCCCUGAUUGAAGAACGCGGCAGGUUCUGCUCGUUCAUUUCUAUGCUGCGGCCCGUCAUUGAAGAAGAAAUAUCAAUGCUGGGAGAAAUAACCCACCUACAGACCAUAUCAGAAGAUCUGAAAAGCCUCACUAUGGAUCCUCACAAACUGCCACCAUCGAGCGAACAGGUCAUUCUAGAUUUGAAAGGUUCUGACUAUGGUUGGUCCUAUCAGACCCCUCCGUCUUCUCCCAGUACCACCAUGUCCAGGAAAUCCAGUGUCUGCAGCAGUCUGAACAGUGUUAACAGUAGUGACUCCCGGUCAAGCGGCUCACACUCUCACUCACCCAGUUCACACUAUCGCUACCGCAGCUCCAACCUGCCUCAGCAGGCUCCGAUGCGGCUCUCCAGUGUGUCCUCGCACGACUCCGGAUUCAUGUCCCAGGAUGCGUUCCAGUCCAAGUCGCCGUCCCCUAUGCCGCCAGAAGCACCGAACCAGCAGAAUUCGUCCAGCUCUGCCUCCUCAGAAGCCUCAGAAACCUGCCAGUCAGUGAGCGAGUGCAGUUCCCCCACCUCAGUCAGCUCAGGCUCCACCAUGGGGGCAUGGGCCUCCACCGAGAAGUUGUCUAAUGGGUUUUAUCACUGUAGUUUGUCAAGUGGUCCAUCCUUAGCCUCAGUUGGUGCAGGCCCCAUUCCUCAUUUCCUGUCUGUCUCCCACGCAUGGACCCGGGCUUCCUCCUCCACCCUCCUUCCAGACCACGGUCAUUAUUACUCCAUUGGGCCGGGCAUGUUUCCAUCAUCUAAGAUCCCUAGCUGGAAGGAUUGGGCUAAGCCAGGUCCUUAUGACCAGCCUAUGGUAAACACUUUGCAACGCCGCAAGGAAAAACGAGAUGCGGACCCUGCUGGGGGAGGCCAGAAUGGACCGCCUCUGCCCACAGAGGAAGGCCAAAGACCCCGGAGCAUGACGGUGUCAGCCACCCCAAGGCAAGGAGAGGAGAUGGAGGCAUGUGAAGAGCUGGCGCUAGCUCUAACCCGGGGGCUGCAGCUGGACACCCAGAGAAGCAGCCGGGACUCCUUGCAGUGCUCCAGCGGCUACAGUACUCAAACAACCACACCCUGCUGCUCAGAGGACACAAUCCCCUCGCAAGUUUCAGACUAUGAUUAUUUCUCUGUCAGCGGCGACCAAGAGACAGAGCAGCAAGACUUCGACAAGUCUUCAACUAUUCCAAGAAACAGCGACAUCAGCCAGUCUUACCGCCGUAUGUUCCAUGCCAAGCGUCCCGCUUCGACCGCUGGCCUCCCGACCACCCUGGGCCCCGUGAUUGUUACACCUGGCGUAGCAACCAUCAGACGGACCCCUUCUACCAAACCAGCCGUCAGACGGGGGACCAUAGGGGCAGGGCCCAUCCCGAUCAAGACACCCGUGAUCCCGGUCAAAACUCCAACGGUCCCAGACAUCCCCGGAGGGCUGCCCAGUGUGCCGAGCAGCGCUGAAGAAAGCCCUGAACAAAGUCCCGAGGCUGGAGCAGGCAACCAUGGGGUCGCAGGGAUGUCCUCCUCUUGGAGCGGCCAGGCGUCUAUCAACCCUCCGCCCGCGAGUCAGAAGCCGAGCACCAUAGAGGAGCAGAGACAGACGGCUGCCGAAAGCGAGGGAGAAGAAAGCGAAAGGGAGAGCCCGAGCCUCGCUGCUCCCCCCUGCCAGCCAGCCCCUCAGUCGGCAGACCAGGGCGCCGGGGAGCCCCCACAAGGUGAAGACAUGCUGAACGCCAUUCGGCGGGGCGUUAAGCUGAAGAAGACCACCACGAACGAUCGUUCGGCCCCCCGAAUUUCUUAGAUGCUGGACCACUGCCAGAGAUUUCCAACGUAACAGAGACUGAACUAUCUGAUGUCUCUAUCCAUUCCACUGUACAAUCAAGUUUUUCUAGGAUACUUAGUAACAGACAGCUGGAAAAGCUCUCUUUAAAAAUUUGGGGCUGGGG